ACAUUAAAAACACUGACCGGUGAAGUGAAUAACAUUGAUUACCUUAUUACAGUGGCACCGGUCAAGGGGUGGGAUAUAUUAGGCAGCAAGUGAAAGGUCAGUUCUUGAAGCUGAUAUGUUGGAAGCAGGAAAAAUGGGCAAGCAUAAGGAUCUCAAUGUCUUUGACAAGGGCCAAAUUGUGAUUACUAGACAAUUGGGUCAGAGCAUCUCAAAAACGGCAGGUUUUGUGGGAUGUUCCCGGUAUGCAGUGAUUAGUACCUACCAAAAGUGGUCCGAGGAAGGGCAGCCUGUGAACUGGGAACAGGGUCAUGGGUGCACAGUGCUUGCUGAUGCGUGUUGGGAGCAAGGGCUAGCCCGUCUGGUCCGAUCCCACAGAAGAGGCUCAUAUGUUUGGAAAGUUGUAAUGUAAAGUUCUGCCUUUCUUUAGUUUAUUUUUAUUUAUAAAUAUUUUUCUUUCCUCCUACCAUUAUUAUGUUAUUUGUUUCUUAAUUAUUUUAUUUUUCUUUUGUACAGUCAAGGGAAGGGUUCAAAAUGGUGGGGUCGGGUAAUAAAAUAUAUAUUUAAAAAUAAAUCACUUACUCAUUCACAGAUAAUAUGAAGUGUGUUAAAUUAAUACGUAAUGAUAAAGAAGGUUAUAAAAAUGGAUAAAAGUUUCGACGAGGAUGGGAUUCGAACCCACGCGUGCAGAGCACAAUGGAUUAGCAGUCCAUCGCCUUAACCACUCGGCCACCUCGUCUUAUAUCAUACUAUGUAUUGAUAAGGGUUUAUAAUGUUGGAAUUGAAGUAAAACGGAAUUGUUUUGGUGUAAAUAUCGUUUAUGUACCUGGAUGAAUAUACACCGCGUGAAUAUACACUGUUGUGAAUGUGGAUAUAUGUGCUGUUUAAUUGGCUCUGCUGUGUAAUUAUGCCAGUCUAUUCUAAUAUUUACGGUAAUAACACACGUGUUAAAAGAUUCAGGUUCGUUUUUUUUUUUUUUUUUUUUUUUUUUACCAGCUAAGAUUUAUUGUUUGCAUACUAAUACUUAUUGGGAUUGCGUUAGGUUCAUGGAAAUUUUACACAACACAUUCAUAUGCCUAAUUGUUAAACGCGCAAAUAAAUAAAUAAAUAAAUAAAUAAAUGGUGCACUACCUAGGGGAUAGGGUGUGGUUUUGAACACCCUGAAUCGCUUAUAUCUCUACUAAAUAUAUAUUAUAUUAUAUAAUAUAAUAAUAUAUAAUAUUUAUAUAAUAUAUUAUAUCUCUACUUGCCUUCGAUUAAAACAAAAAUACUGAUCCCAUCACCUUGUUCUCUUCUAAUAGAAGAGUUAGACUUCCUAACAUUUCAUUCACAAGCUUGAUAACCAUUAUACGGCCAGUCAUGACGUCAGAAACCUGCGACAUGGCACGAAGGACCGCGCCGUAAUGAGUGAAGGAGAAGCUCGUAAUGUUCAUGAAAAUAGCCAUAUAAAAUAGUUAGCGCUCGUUAUUUACAGCAGACAGACUAUUAUUUCGCGACUGGUAAUGUUUGUGUGAUGUUUAAUUUUUUUUUUUUUUAAAUCUAAUUCAGAAAACAAUGGUGUAGAAAUCAGCCGAAACUGGAGGAACUCCAAACCCCGUAGCUAUAGAUACACAAGGGGUGAUGAUGAUGGGUGUAGUGUGUUUGCGGGAUGCUGCAGUGGGUUUAGUGUAGAAAUGAAGUGCGUCCCGUGAGCACCACAGAUAACAGUUUACUUCAUGCAUAUUCUCUAGAAAACGACAAAGUUUGUGGAAUGCAUUUCUUCAAAAAAUGCUCCGUGUUUAAAGUGGUGCUGAGUGCCCUGCUUAUGGUAGCCCUGCUGCAGCUGAUCUACUUGUCGUUCCUGUCAAAGCUACACGGCAAACAGCAGCGCUACAAGUACUCAGAGCUGUUCGGCUCCAAGAGGAACGCACAAACCAAUGAGAAGAACUCCAAACGAGAACGCCUGAGAUACUCCUUAUCCAGUGGAGGCAUCUUCGACAGCAGUGGUCAGUACCGUGUGUACAAAAACCUCAUCAAGAGCGACUUCUCCACCAACCAGAAGCUGGACGCAGAUCCGAGAUCCCAUCACCUCGCCUUGGUGACCCACACGACCAUCAACAACCUUCAUCAUUUGGAUUCUCUACUCGAACGCUGGCAGAAUCCGCUCUCUGUGGCGAUCUUCGCUCACGGCCAAGAUGUCAAGUUUGCCACUGCCUUCGUCUACGCCCUCAGUCUCUUCUGUCCACGCGUCCAAGCCUUGGUGGAUUUCCACUUGGUGUGCCACUCGGAGGAGAUUGCCAGCUUCCCGGAGCAAGACAGGGAGCACUUCGCUGGACUCGAGGAACAAGGCUGUCCUGGUGUCUUCGCUAAGCUCGAAUCCCACCGGGACAAGUACAAGAAUUACGCUAUGGGAAGAAACGUCUCCUACCCCAAUAACCUUCUCCGCAACGUGGCCCGGACAGGCACAGACGCCGCCUACGUCCUCGUCCUUGACAUGGACAUGGUACCCAGCACAGACCUGCAUCAUCAGUUUGUGAUGAUGCUGAUGAAGCGCGAGCCGGCCCCGGAUGAGGUUCUGGUCCUGCCUGCUUUUGAAAUUCGGCACACACGCAAGAUGCCUGCCACGAAAUCCGAGCUUGCGCAGCUGUACCUAGUCGGUGAGGUGAGGCCCUUCUAUGAGGAACUCUGCCCACGAUGCCAGGCACCUACCAACUACUCCCGCUGGAUUAAUCUGGUUAGCAAGAGCUCCGGACCUCUGGAGGUGGCGUAUAUGCAGAACUGGGUCGACCCAUGGGAACCCUUUUACAUCGGGGCUAAAUCGGUGCCACUGUAUGACGAGAACUUCAGACAAUACGGCUUCAACCGUAUAAGUCAAGCGUGUGAGCUUCAUGUGGCAGGGUUCAGGUUCUCCGUGGUGAGUAACGCCUUCGUGGUGCAUCGAGGCUUUAAGGUUCAGGGCGACUUCCACAGCCGCAAGGACGAGGAGAACCGCAGAAACCGCCUGCUCUUCCGCAGCUUCAAGGAAGGUCUGAAAAACAAAUACCCCAACUCCCCUCGCCACUGCUGAGGUCUCCCGAGGAACAUCCGGGCCUUGAUAGUGAAGCUUUAAGGUACAACAGAAUGAUGAAGAAGUGGGUUACCAAUGCGACACUCUGGUGCAGAAGUGCUUGAUCUACGAUGUAAACAAACAAAAAUUACUCUUUGUUACAAUUCCCGAUGUUCUGAUGUCAUGGCACACGAUUUGGACUUGCAUACUAACUGUGUACUAAUAGUAUGCGACAAUCCAGGUGUAGAAAUUGUGACGUUUCUUAUCGAUUAUGUAACGUAUUGUGGUUGAUCUGUCACUACACCGAACGGAGAACAGGGUCUCUUAUCAACGUAACAGUGCCAAGGAUAUUACAUUACUAUAUCUGUUUUAUGAUUACAUCCAUAUGAAAAGUUCUCCGUCUGUGUCCGAAAGCCUCGAUUGUGAAGUAUUUGCGUUAUUACUGUUGAUUAAACAUUCACCCCCCCCCAUAGCACAGUUUAGCUAUUUUUUAUUACCCACUUUACUUCAUCUCGAGUCUUUUCGAGAUCACAGUGAAAGCAUUACUGAUGAUGAUACGUAUAAACCAUGAACAGUGUUAUAUUCUACAGCGUUAAACACUGUGUCGUGAAGGAUAUGGGUGUAUCCAAAGGUAAGAACACUACAUCAGAAGAUAAAUACUGCAGAACUACAGCGUGUCCCAAAAGUCUCCAUACAUACGGGACUGCAGUGUUUGCGCCGAUUCUCGAUUGGUCCACAAAAACGUCCAGUCUUUUUGAAUUUAUUAAUAAGUUUAGUUACAGUGUGGUGUGUGAUGUGCUCGCCGUGUUUCCUGUUAAAGUCCAUCGCAACCUUGCGACGGCUUCCCGAUCCAGCCAUGAGAAUGAUUUCAAUACGUUCUUCUUUCGUCAACAGUAUCCUAUCUGAAAAAAAAAAAAAAUCUCUAUAUAAUAUAAACUAAGUAUGAGAGAUUUUGGUGUUCAUUUCCCCUACAUACGGAGACGUUUGGGACACCCUGUAGUAUAGGUGUGAUGAUGUACUGUAGUGUAACUACUCACUACUGAGACGGUCAGUCAGGUUCUCUUUACACUGAUCCUGAAGCUGAUAUGUGAAAGUAGACUGACACUGACAAACAGAACGCUGUUAGUAAUACUGAAUUUGAACAAAGUGGCUGUGUGAGGAUUGUGUAACGUGUGUCUAUAUUCGCCUGGAAUUAUUCACAGAAAAGAGACUGAGAUAAAACACCUUUAAAUUAUGAUUAUUGUGUCUAAAUGGUGUGAUUAAUUGUAACAUAAUUAAAGGUAUGUAACUGAUAUUAAAACCCCUUAUUAUUAUUAUUAUUAUUAUUACUACAGCGUUGGUGUUAUACUAAUUAAAACUGAUAUACAUUUCAUUGCCGCGGAGUAAGAAGAAAAGUGUUGAUUGCUAUUUUCCUCCUUAAAAUAGUCUUUUCAUAGCAUUUUUCUUACAUGAACCACUGUUUCAGAACACAUGCUCUCUUCUGUUCUGACUAAAGUGUGUGAUUUGUACAUAUUUCUAUUUAAUUUAUUUUUUGCAAGAGUUCUUUGUUAAUGUCCGUCUUAACUAAUAACGUUGUGUUAUUUCUGUCUAACGCUACCUUCACUGUCGAUCUGUGUUAUUAUCCACUAAAACUGAACCCAAAUCACAAUGGCCAAUGUACAACACCGCUGUAUUAACACCAGGGAGAAGUGUAUAGGAGCUGACAGGUAGGGAUUUUUCUCCCAGUGUGUUUGUCAUUAUGCCUUUUUGUGUCCAUUUGUAGCACUUUUGAAAGUAUUUUUGAAAAGAUUUUUUUUGGUUAUGUGAUCAUUUCUUUGAUGCGGUGAAUUCUAUAAUGACACUAUACUGUAUUUGUCAGUAUUUGAGUAAUGCUUGACUUGUAAGUAGCGACAGGAUAUUUUAUUAUACACUGAUAAAUGAAUAAAUGUGUGUGAAUAUCACAGUGCAUGUGGUUUAAUUAGUGUUUAAUUGACAGGCAAUAGUUCCUUUUGUGAGAGGACCAAUAGGGGGCAGUAGAGCAACAUGGAAUAGACUAUGAAGAUACUAGAAUACAAUACUGUGAGAAGACCAAUAGAUGGUGGUGAAUUAAAUCGAAUAAAAAUGACUUCCACUGUACAAGCAAACUAAAUUAACUUUGUGAUGAGUAUAGGUCAUUGUAAAAGUCGUGUAGUAGUAGUAAGAAAAGUUUUUAGACAUUAGUAAGGGUAUAUGAAAUUAUUUAAUAUUUAUGCAUAACUUAUUUAUGUCAAACGAGCCUUUAAAAACACGUUUUAACUAUGACCUAUGCAGCUAAUUACUCGAAGUGCACGCUAGUGGCAUCUGGUGGUCAAAAAGAGGAAUUGCAAUUUUUAUUGUACUCCCUUCAGUGGAUGUUGGUGUAGGAUUUUUGACUACAGCUAAUAAAUCUGUCAUCCAGUCAUUUUUAAAACAUUUUUCCAAAAACAAAUACAGGAAAUUAGACUAUACUUCUACAAUCUCUUUAUAAGCCUAUUUUGUAGCACAUACAACAUAUUAACAUUAAACUAAGCCCUAGUCCUUCACCUGUUACUCCAUCAAGGUCAUCACAUCAGAUAUAUAAAAUAUCAAAUCUUAUACUUAACUAGGUUUCACUAGUUACCUGAUUACAGGACAAUUAAUACAACAUUAUACAUACAAUCCUCAUUGACAUAGACUCAUGGGUCU